AUGAAUCUUUUUAUUUAUGUCCUACUUUUGUCCAUUGGGAUAAACAGUUGUUUAAAUACAAACCAAAGUGAUGGAUCUUCUACUACAGGAGCUAAGCACCCUGAAUCAAUGGAGACCAAAAUGGACAGUUUUAGGAAACAUCUACUCAUUAUCAUAAUUGGUGUUAUGAUUGUAACUUUUGUCUUUACCUGUAUUUGUUUUCUCCAUUACAAUUUUAUGAGCGACAAUGCCCCCAAAGCAAGAAGGGUCAAGGAAAAAGGUGUAGCACCCAAGUCAUCUAGGUCAUCCAAAAUAUCAUUCAGUGAAUCCAAGAGAGCCAGGCCAUGCAGCCCAGAAAAACAACCCAUGCUAUCCGGUAUAGACAAGUUAUCUGGGCUCUCAAGUCCAGAAAAAUCAUCCAUACCAUCCAGUGCAGAAAAGUUAAUCAGGCCAUCAAGUCGACGAAAGUCAUCUAAGUCAUCAAGCUCAGGAAAAGUAUUCAGGCCACCUCAACUGAAAAAGUCACGUAGAAUGUGCCAUCUAGAAAAGUCACAUAAGCUAGCUCAGGCCCAUAAGCUCGUCAGUCAAAUCAGUUCAUCCUAUCCAAAUAAGGUAGUCAGGCCACCAUGUCCAGCCAGUCUGCAAAGUACAGUCGGGCCAACCAAGCCACCUUGUCUACCCUGCCCACAAAAUCAAAUCUUGCCACCCAAGCCAUUCGGUUUACAGAAAUUGGUCAAGUCCCCCAGACAUCCUAAUCUAAAAACAUCAGUUAGUACAGGUAGGGCAGACAUGUCAUCUACGCCUCAAUUAGUCAAGCCUUGUCGAUGGUACAAGGAAAAAUGCCUUGUUUGCGGAACUUCUUCUGAGCCUUUGAUCAAUGAUAUUUCUGAGGCAAAGGAGAAAAAUGCUCAAUACCCACCUUUUCCAAGAGAACUGAAGUCUUUUUCCGAGUCAUUUCAUAAGGUAUAUUCCAGACACAAUGCAUGCUGUGACAUUGUGAGUGACAGUGAUAGGAUGACAUAUGACAGCGAUGACAGUGAGAGGGAGAUAACCUUUAUUUGCAACAUAAAACACAAUGAAGUCAUCCCUAAAGGCAUGCAAAAUAACUAA